AUGUCUGCAGUCUCUUUCGGACCUUCAAGUGUGACUCUAGAUCCAGCUAGCUCCGAGCAUGCUUACAAAUUCACAUCUGAAUAUGGGGUCAGCUUCUGUACAGACCUGUCUGGCAUGUGGCACUUGCAGGAGGUUUGUUUGACAAAUGUUGCAGUCAAGCGGCCAGAUCUGCUGACAUUGGGUUUCCCAGGAAGUCUGUUUCUGGAUCCCAGCAGAAAAUCCAUGCAAAACUACGAGAUCGCCUCAUUCAUAUUACGUCUCAGUGUCCAGAUCACAGGAAUGGGACUGGUGCUUUCUGAAACUCCAAGUGGUGUAGAAACAGCAUUGGAUAAAAACCCUUUCAAAAUCCCUUCAGACAUAGAUAUCUUCUUACUGAGAGACAAACAGAAGGAAAAGGCAAGAUUGGAGCGAGAGCGAAGGAAGAUGCUGAAGGUUCAUGAGAAAAUGACCUGCUCCACUAUGAUUGGUGCAAAACAAUCUGGGUUCAAGAGACAAAUCCAGAUGGAAGAGGAAGCCGAAGACAAAGAGUUUGCAGCAGAAGCUGAACGUCUGAAAGCUCUCCGGGAAAGCAUCUCAUGGAAGAUAGCCGUCACUAAAGACCAGGUGGUGGAAAGAGAAACCAUGUACGACUACAUCAGUCAGAAACGGCAAAUGUUCCUGCUGCAGUAUGCUGUAACUGUAAAGAAAGAUGAAAUUCAAAAGCUCGAGAAGCUGGCAGUGGAGGAGGAAGUCAAGUUGGAAAAGGCUGAGGAAGACCUGGAGAAGGAUGCUGCCAUGUUUGAUGAGUUCCUGAGGGAGAAUGACAGAAACUCUGCACAAGCCCUGAAAAUUGCUGAGAAAGAAACCAAAGCCAAGUUGGAGAAAAUAAUUGAGAUCCGAGAGCUGACGGCCCAAAUGAUGAAUAUCCAAAGUGAGAUUGCCAGAUUUGAAGACACUUUGCAAGAAUACAUGGUAUUCAAGGACUUCCUCUUCCAGUUGUCUCCAAAGGAGUGGCAAGAAAACUAUGAAAAAAAGCGGAGGAAAGAAAAAGUGAUGAAAGUUAUUACUGAUCUUAAAGAUGAAAAACCUGUCCAUGUAGCACCCAGUGCAAGCCGAGGACGGGAUCAGCAAAGCAAGAGCAAACAGAAAGGCACGCGUUCCAGUUUUGACUUGUGCCCACCACCAGAGCAAAGCCAUUCUAGGAGUCCAAGUAUAUCUCUGCCAAGAAGAGACUCUAUCAGACUAGGCCGAAUGGUCUCUCGGCAAAACUUAAAAUCCCAGCAAAGCAGAAAAGCGAGUACUCUAAGUGCUUCAACAGAAGACAAAGGAAAUAUAUCUCUAUCUGAUGAGGAAGACGAUGAGCAGCCUGAGAUAUAUUUUACUGAUCCACACCAGUUGCUAAAUCUUUUCACUGAGCUCGAGGAACAGAAUUUGUCUCUAAUUCAGAAUUCACAGGAGACAGAGGAAACUCUAGACGAACUUCGGCAUACUUUGACUACCACUCGCAAUAAAAUGGACAAAGAAAUCGAGCAGUUAAAGCAACUUGCGAUCACGCUUCAAGCCAACAUUGUUAAAGAGGAAGAGACAGCAGCAGACCUAGAACUCAAAUCACGAGUCUUUUCCUUUGGAGAAUACAAAGCAGAGGUUCAGGACAAAAUGCUGGUGAGCUUGCAUCGAAAGGUGCUGGAAGUCUAUCGGCGCUGCAUUGGAGAAAACGAGGCAAAUCUUGGAACGCUACAGAUGCUAACCGUUAUAGAACACCAACUGGAUGACUUGCUAGAAUGCCUCGAAAGAAUACCUGCAGCAAGAAUAGAGCAAGCGGAGAAAGCUAAAGAAAAAGAACGAAGGAUAAGGAUGAGAGAAGAAAAGAUAAGACAGCAGAGAGCGCUGCAGGAGGAGAGGUUGCAGCGAGCCCUGGCAAGAGCACAGGCUGAAGUUAAGAGAAAGACUGGCAGAAGACUGGUGUUCCGCUCAGAGCCCCCUGCCUUCAAGGAGAAGGAAGAUGAGGAUCUAGGACUGAUUGACAAGGAAAAGGAAGAACUGCUGUACUACUUCACUUAGCAAUUUGACAUGAGACUCUGAAGUUCUGCAGUGAGCAUAAAGCAUGUAACAGUAGUACAGACUGCUUGG